UGUCCCGCUCCGCUGUGCGGGGGACGAGCGCUACUCCGGUCCCCGCCGGCUCCAGCCUGCCCGCUGGGCAGCCCGCUGCGGUGUGCAUCGUCCUUCUCCCAGCCGGGCCCGACGGAGAAUGACCCCAGCGAGGGACAGGUCUUACUCAGCGAGAGUUGCGUGAAGAUCACAGAAGGCUCAGAGUUUCUCAGGCUGCAGGUGGAAGGAGGUGGCUGCUCUGGAUUCCAGUACAAGUUUUCCUUGGACACAGUUAUUAAUCCUGAUGACAGGGUGUUUGAACAAGGUGGUGCCCGUGUCGUUGUGGAUGUGGACAGCCUGGCCUUCGUGAAAGGUUCCAUGGUGGACUUUAGCCAGGAGCUGAUUCGCAGCUCCUUCCAGGUGGUGAGCAACCCCCAGGCAGAGAAGGGUUGCUCAUGUGGGACUUCCUUCUCUGUCAAAUUCUGACUGGACUUCCCAUGGAUGGACACGUGUCUGCAGACACUUCCUCUCUGUCUUCAGAGGGUUUUUGCUUGUUCUUUUCCCAGCCAUUCCCUCUCAUCUCUUACCCUGUAACAUAGCUGUUACAUAUGACUCCAGCUGCGUAUGUGUCUGUAUUGAGCCUAUCUCCAAGAUAGACUUGUUGACCUUCCCUUCAGAAACAUGAAGUAGCCAUGAACAUGCACACGGGAGCAUUUUCAGCGUCUUUGUGAACCACCAGCCAGGUGGUGCUGACUCACCUACCCUGUCCUGAAUGUGGAGCAACCUAACUGCUUGUCUCUGCAAGAGAUGGCUGUGUACACGUGUGUGUGUUUAUUGAAAGUUCUUACUAAAAAAA